UGUGACGUGGGGAAGGCAAUUACCGCUCAGAUUCUCACAGAGGUCUGAGGGACAAGGCAGCGCCCGCUUCUAAACAACAACAUUCUUAUCUGAGACGAGGCUUAUUUUAUCGUGUCGUCGCUCAAAUUAAUUAAACAUCUCUCAACAACAUGAAUCUACUCAUUCUGGCGACUCUGUUCACCGUGAUUUUGGCCGAAAAAUCACCCCGGCUGAAAUUUACCGUGAUGGAAUCCCCUAGGUUUCGCUUCAUGAAACCGGAGAACUACACCACGGUUUACCACCAACAGGAAACAGAUGUCCUGUAUGUGGGGGGCCAACGAGUCAUCUAUAAGCUCAGCUUCAGUGAUAAAGGAGUGCAUGACAAACAGAUCCCUGUGGGAAUGGAUGAGAAUGCAAAAGCGAAGUGUGUCUCAUCAGCAUGGAAGGAAGAGUGUGAUAAUUUCAUCUCAGUAAUUGAGAAAGUCGGUGAUUCAUUCGUGGUGUGUGGGACAACAGCGGGUUCUCCUAAAUGUUAUCUCCUGGUAAAUGACAGUAUACUGAUAGAAAUGCCGGCGGAAACAGCAGCGUCUAACAUCUUGGCACCUUUCCCUUCUCAGCGCUCCAUCAGUCUGUCAGCAGAUGGGAAUCUGUACUCUGCUCUGUCAGCGGUUGCAGGACAGCCUGGCUCUAUCCGUCGCACAUAUGGCUCCAAAAAACAGCUGAAGUCAGAGAAUAAAUGGCUACUGAAUCCCCAGUUUGCAGGAGCCGCUGUGAUACCACACAAAGAGAAACUCAAAGAUGAGAUCUAUUUCUUCUUCAGUGAGGUCAACACUACAGCCAAUCUAGAUGAAGAGCCUUACAGGGCUCGGAUAGGACGAGUCUGCAUGGUUGAUGAGGGUGGGCUUCAGAAUGUGCUGCAAAACUCCUGGACCACAUUCCUGAAGGCACGUGUGAUGUGUGGGAAAGCCGGAACUCCUGUGCAGUACAACAACUUCAAACAGGCCUUCGUUCUGACCUCUCAUCUCCGCACUGGGUUGAUAUAUGGCCUCUUCUCCAAUGCCUGGAACACCACAGUAGUGUGUGCGUACUCCAUUGAAGACAUUGACAGUGCCUUUUCUACAUCCAAACUCAAGGGCUACAACUCACCUUUAGCGGCCCCACGUCCUGGAACGUGUGCUUUCAGGAACAAUACUCAGGCUCACAACCAGAAGAUCCUGACUGUGAUCAGAGAUUACCCUGAGAUUGAGGAUAUGAUCAGUCCGGUUGAUGAAACUCCUCUGGAACUGCCAGUUCAUGACCACUUCACACAUCUUGUGGCAGACACAGUCUUGGCUGUCAAUGAUGAACACUACAGCGUCAUUUAUCUUGGCACAGAAAAGGGGAAAGUCCUGAAGGUGCUCCAUGCCAUAGAAGGAGCCUUUAUCAUAGCACAGUAUUCUUUAUUCCACGAUGAUAGCCCCGUCAUUAACAUGGCAAUUGACUCUAAAAAGGGUCAUCUCUACAUUGGCACAGAGCUUGAAGUGCAGCGCAUCCCCCUGGCUGACUGUGGUCGAUAUGGAGUAGGCUGCAGGGAAUGCAUCCUUUCACGAGAUCCAUAUUGUGCGUGGGACAAGUCCAAGAGGAAGUGUACUGCUAUCCCAGCAGGCCACAACAUUAGCACUGGGACCCUUAUUCAGACUCUUGACCACUCCAGUGCCUCAGUCUGCGGCGAUGCUCCAGCUCAUAAGGCACGUAGCACCAUCCCCAAACAAGUUUUAGUGGAUAAAGAUGGACCGGUCCUGCUACCGUGCCCAGUGCGAUCCUACCAUGCCACUUACCGCUGGGAGAAAGACAACUGCGUCAAGGAGUAUCCUUGCACCAUCUCCGGCUCCUCCUGUGUGCUGGCACCCACCCCUGACCUGCCUCUAAAGGAGGGUGUGUUCCGCUGUCUGGCGGAGGAGAAUGGCCUGCAACAGGAGGUGGUGUCCUACAAGCUAGUGUUCAACGGCGGACCACUCUCCACCUCGCUAGCCUCCACCCUGGGGUCGGCUCUGCUGCUGGCUGCCGCGGCACACUGGCUCCUGUAGAUCCAGUGAAUCCUGAGGGGUCGGAAGGAAAAACAAAUUUAUGCGAAGGUCAGCAGAGCAUGAGUACCUAGACCGGUCCUACUAAACUGCAGGGGAGCAGCUGGUCUCUAUAUAAACUGUGUUUCUUGUUUCUUAUUCGGAGCAAUUCUUUUCUUUGAAGGGCCGAGAAAAUGCCUGAAAUUGUCUCAGUUUGCAAAAUGCUUUAUCAUACCAAACACCAGUGUUAUGUAUUACAUGAACUUAAGUGUACUGUUUCAUGCCCAUCAGCCUAAAAACAAGCAUUUAGACUUAUAUAUUCAAAUAUCUAAUACAUGAGAUGUGUACAUUGCUUGCAAAAUGUUAGUGCCAUCUUUCAGAUGUUUCAAAAGACUGCUUUGCUAACUACACUUAGACAUGGAAUCCAGAUCAGUUAUUUAACUUGGUUAGGUUUCUCGUUAACACUUUAUAGAAAGAUUCAAUUCACUUUAAGGUGAUGAUACACAAGGCAACUUUUUUUGCUGGGCAAUCUUGAAAAUUGAAAAUGGGCAAUGCAUUUCUAUCUGGAUAAUUUAGAUUGGUUGUGGGCCCUGUGUCUCAUCUGGUUGCCUGUUGACAGCAACAUUACCCAGCAGCAACAUUGCUCAAAAAAGUUGUAUCAUCACCUUUAGUUGAUGCAUUGGGUAUCAUGAACUAACAUUUUUUUUUGACAGUAUUUUGUUAACUAGGUUAAUGUUAAUUUACUGCUGUUUAACAUUAAACACCCUUAUUAAUUGUAAAUAUAUGUUUGUUCAUAAUACAUGAACUAGUGUUCAUUUAUACAGCUUAAAAUGCUAAAAAUAUAUGCGUCUGUAAGAAAUUAACAUUCAAUUAAUUAUGUGUACUGACCAUUGUUAAUUCACAUUAGCUAAUGAUUUAACCAAAUUGAACCUUAUUUUAAAGUGUUAUUUAUUCGUUAAAAAAAGUGAGAACAUGCUGAAACAUGAAUUUGUUGUUAUAAAUCGUUUUAUUUUUCCAUUGUGUGCCAUUAGAACAUUUCUGAAGCCUUAAAACAAGGAUGAGUCCGUAAGGGUCACAUUCUAAGCACAACCUGCAAACUGAGCAGAACCUGCAGAAUCUGCUGGCUUUGUCUUUCCACCUGACACAGAAUGUUAUUUCAGCAUGAUUUCAGAAGUACAGCUGAUUUGUUUGUGCCUGUUUAAGAUGUUUGAAAUACUUAUCAGUCACUGCUAGGAAUGUGAACUGCAUAAACGAUACAAAACCAAUACAGAUUCAACUUUUUUUGGUCAGCGUAAACAGGAAGAAUAACCAGAAUCCAUAAAACCAGAUAGUUUAUCUCGGUAUGCCACUGUGUUUACAGUAACAGACAUGAACUCUCUUGCAUCCUUGACGCCUGUGAUUUUCAUGCUCAUGUCAUUACAUUUUGCGUUCUAGUAAGCUUCAGUACACGUGAAAUGGAGUUGCAUUUUGUAGUUGCAGUGUAAAGAGGCUUAAUUAUAAUGUUGUUUUAAUUGUAAAGCUCUGCAUAUGCUGUUUUUCACCAUUGCUGCCUAUGGGAAUAGAAAGCAUUCCUGAUGGAUCUAAACAGUCAUUCUGCACUAAGGUGUUCUGAGUGUAAAUCUGUCACCAUAUUACGUCAUAUCAUUUUAUUUGAUCAUCACUUCAGCGAUAAAACUUUAUCUUAUACACGUUACAAAAAGGGAAAAAUAAGAUACUCGUACAAGAACUUUCUAACUAGCACAUAAUCGUCUCUAAUCUUCACAUGCACCUCUCUCUCUCUCUCUCUCUCUCUCUCUCUCUCUCUCUCUCUCUCUCUCUCUCGAAGCAACUGACCCCAAAUGCCAAAUUUGUCUUUAACCUUGUUCUUUCCACACUGUAUUUUGGGAGGAGGGAUGAAACAAUGGUGUUAUGAAUGAAUUGAUUAGUAACUAACCAAAAGUGCAUUGUGUUUUCAGAAGAUGGACUUUUUUUUUUGUUUGUUAGGUAUUGUGCCAUUCAUUUUCUUGCUCUAUUGGUGACAUAAUCUGCCAAUUUAAUCAAAAGUUUGUUUUGUACUUCCAUAUGGAUCUCUGAGUUGAUGUUUGGGCAUCACAAGAUAUUUAAAGUUUCCUAUAAGCCAUGUAAAUAGUCCAGGGACUGCUUUACACAUUAUUUAUGCUAGUGUGUGCUAACCUUCUGUUUGCAUGCAGAAUGCCACAGCACUGUUGCCCUCUCUGUGUACUCGUACCUCUGUCUCUUGGCCUAAUGUGCUUACACUGCACUAAAUGCAGGAACGUUGUAGUGCCAAACCAAUGUUGUGUCAUUUUCAUCAGAGAGCUUUUCUAACUUUUCCACUGUGCUUCAAAGCCAAACGUUUACCUUUCCGAGACACAAAUAGCAGAAUCUAGAUUCUCUCUCUCACACACACACACACACACACACUAAAUCACUUUUGGCAGUGUAAAUGACACAGGGUCUUUCCAUUUAGAUCAAAAUCAAAUACUGUAAACAACUGUUACAUGUUUAUUUUAUUUUUUUGUACUCUGUAAGUGUUGCGAGGCCAAUGUGUUUUUAUCGUCUGUCAUUUGCAAUGCAUUGUGUUUUUUGCCCGAGACUUGUGGCAGGGAGUGUUUUCUCAUAGGGACGCUCAGCACGGUUUACUGCUCAAAGCAUCUUGCAGUUGUGUAAGCUUGCACUUAAUAAUUCAUAUUUAUAACUGGUUAACAAAAGUCAGCAAAUUUUUUUUCUAAAGGGGUUGAAGACAUUGUAAAAUACAGAAACGUAUAAUUAUACAUGAAAUGUUUCCCUGAAAAUGUGCAUUAAAAUAAAUAACAAAAAUGUCUACUAUA